UGUACGUGGAUUCGGGGACGACAAGAGGACCUGUGAAGUUGUCAGCGAAUUUCUGUAGAGGAUAGUAACGUUAUUGAAAUUGUUGUAAAACUUCAUCAUAUCAUUACAAGAACAAUACUAGUUGCCUUCGACGUUGUUAAGAGAAGAAAGAUGCAAAAGCUGUUCCUUGUGUUGGUUUUAGUCGCUUCAGUCUGCUCUGAAUCGCAGGUGAGGGAGACUGAGACGUGGAUGCCCAUGAAGGCUAAGCAGUCUCAUGAGGACCUGGUGUCAUCGGGUGACUCCCAGAAUGGUUCCGACUUCGAGAUCACCAGUGAUGAUGAGGAUGAUGAAGAUUCAUACUUCGACGAUGACGACUUUUCAGGCUCUGGCGAUGAAGAGUCCUUCAAAGAGACUGUGCCAACACCUAAGCCAAACCUCAUCGACAACAGGAUCCCAGAGCAGGGAGACUCAGAGAAGCCAUGGCCCACCGUGAACGAGAACGACAUUGUCGCCGAGAACGAAGUCGGCGUGCGCUCAUCAGGGUUCGACGAGCACCCCCCCAACGUGCUAAUGUCCCAGUCGGAAGACGAUAAAUUCUUUCACAGGAUUGAAGUGAUUGCAGCCCUGAUUGCUGGCGGUGCAGUGGGUCUGCUCUUCUCUGUGCUCCUCAUUCUCCUGCUCGUCUAUCGCAUGAAGAAGAAAGAUGAGGGCAGCUACGACCUGGGCAAGAAGCCCAUCUACACGAAAGCCGCCACCAUGGAGAUCUACGCCUAAAGGUCGGGGAGUGGAGUGCCUCUGCAGCCCCCCCUUUCCUCACAGUGCCUCUGAAACUCAGCCGCUAAGCUCUCUCUCUCUCUUUGUAUUUCUCUCUCUCUAUUCCUGGACUGCCUCACACCUGAUCCUCCAUACUACCACAAAAGCCAGAGAGAGAGAAGGAGAGGUAAAACUCUGAAAAUUGAAAGAAAGAUGGACUAUAAAAAAAAAUACUCUCUCCUCGGUCAUGCCAUUGGAAUGUGAUGAGAUGUGCCCCAAUCAGUGGGUCUUGCAACUAGGGAGCCAUGUUCCAUUUUUUUUUUUUUUUUAAUUAACAUCAUGAGAAGGCAAUUAGGAGAGGUGUUGCCAAACAUCAAAUAUGUUUCUUUGUUUCCUUUUAAUUAAUUUAAAUAUGUAAUAUCUCCACCCAAAGUGAAAUGCUUAAUGUCCUUACCUGCACUGGAAUUCAAUACGAUACGUCUAUCAGUGUGCAUGCCCCUCUGGCCUCUGGAGGUGUUUUUUGUUUCGUUCGUUUUUAAGCUAUAACACUAAAGUAAUGCGGUGCUCGGUCUGUGAUGCGGUACAGAGAUCAUCGGUAAAGUUAUUUAUUUUCUCCCCUCCAAUCAUCCACCCCUGUCCUCAUAUCCGUCAUGGUGCUACAGGAGUUGAUGUUACUGUGGCAUUUAUGUGUUUUCUUUCUUUUUUUUUUUUGUUAAGUUUCUUAUUUUGGAUGAAUCCCGGUGUACGAUGACUGAUGUGAUUAUCUCAAUUUUAUCUUUUUUAAGCUAAGGUUAAAAAUCAGUGGUUCGAAAAAGAAAAUGCAGUGCGUUAAUAGGAAAAAAUCCAUUGGUACUAUGUGCUCUGGCUAUCAUGUAGCAGAGGGACUCAAAGGAAAAAGCUGCUUUAGGUCUAAGGGGGAGGAGCUCUGCAUCAGUCUCGGUACAAGGGAGUUUGUGUGUGUGUGUGUGUGUGUGUGUGUGUGUGUGUGUGACAUGAAAAAGACAUCACAUAUACUCUAAAGCGGUGUUCUAUCUGCUGAUUGCCAUGCCCAAUCGCAUAGGCUCUCUGGAUGCAGCUGUCUUUGUCAGCAAAGCCAUUUUAAACAGGUACAUGUUUGCUGUUGAUGACUCACAUUCUCUGCACAUGAACUUUGAACUUCCAGGGAUUUGUAAAUAGCCAUCAAAAUAAAGUCAGAAAGAAAAAAAAAAUGGGUACUUGGCCAUUUUGUGGCAGACUGUUAGUAACCAAAUAUUUAAAUGCCAAAUGUUUUAUGAUUUUUUUUUUUUUUUUUUUUUUUUUUUUUUUUUUUUCCCUCCCAUGACCCUCCUCCCUCCCCAGUUUCACAACAAUACUGCUUAUAUAGACACAAUAAAGAAAUAAACUGCACAAUGUUUAGUUUCUUCCGAAACUCAGUGGGACACAUUUUCAAAAUGAAUGACCAAUUCUAGUACUAACGUUUCUUUGUCUGCGUUCAGUGUUCUGGUAGAUAACAUGUUUCAGGUUUUUUAUGUAUUAAUUUAACUGUCAUAUUUUAUUGCCUUCUUUCAGGUUGGGGCUUUUCCCCUCUAAGCUGUUGUAUGUGUUUUUUUGUUUUGGUUUUUUUUUUUAUAUAUAUAUAUAUAAUUACACUAGUUUUAAGAUUUCUGAAGCAAAUAGUUUUGAAGCAGUUUUUUAUUUUGUAAGAGUUUCUAUUCCUUUUAGAUAUUUUUGAGCGGUAUAUAUAUUUAUGUUUUGUAGAAGGAUUGCUAUGUAAUUGUUCAGGGGAAGAGGAUUGAGCCAUGUGUCAUUAGCAUGGGAAAAAUAAAUCUGCUGCUUUUCGUCAUAACAAGAGAUGUGAAUCACCAAUCGAGUGGAGGAGUCAAUGAAUCAUUGAUUUCUGCAUGCAGAUUCUGAUCUGUUUGGAAAUAAAGCUAUUUUUAUGCACACAA